CGGCUAAAGUGACCGGAAGUAACGGCCGGGCCAAGAUGGCUGCAGAGGAGGAGGUCCUGAGUGCUGCGUCCAUCCACACUGCGGCCAUGGAGCGAGUUCUACCCAUGCUGUUGGUGCGGGUCCCCGCCGAAGCUAUGGGGCAGCUGGGCUCCCACGCGCAGCUGCACACACAGCAAGAGGUUCUGGGGAGCCUGACGGCUGCAGGCAGCCUCCAGGUGCUUUCUUUGGCGCCUGGCAGCCAGGGCGGGGGUCGCUGCUGCCUGGAGGGCCCCUUCUGGCACUUUAUGUGGGAGGAUUCUCGUAACAGCAGCACACCAACUGACAAGCCCAAACUGCUCGCUCUUGGUGAAAAUUAUGAACUGCUUAUCUAUGAAUUUAAUUUGAAAGAUGGAAGAUGUGAUGCAGCCAUUUUGUAUAGCUAUAGUGGGGAGGCAUUGCAAAAGCUCAUUGAAGAUCAAGGUAUCAGUAUUUCCUUAUUGUCUUUGAGAAUCCUGUCAUUUUGCAAUAACACAUCAUUACUGUUCAUCAACAAAUGUAUUGUCCUGCAUAUUAUAUUUCCUGAAAGAGAUGCUGCAAUUAGAGUACUCAACUGUUUCACACUACCCUUGCCUAUGCAGGCAGUGGACACAAUUAUUGACACACAGCUCUGCAAAGGAGUUCUUUUUGUUUUGAGUACCUUGGGCUGGAUCUACAUUUUUCACGUUGUGGAUGGUACAUGUGUAGCUCAUGUGGAUUUAACACUUCAUGAAGAAGAUACGUGUAAUGAGCACCAGCAGGAGCCAGCCAAGAUUUUUACUUCACUGAAAGUGUCUCAAGACCUUGAUGUUGUAGUGAUUGUGAGCUCCUCCAACUCCGCAAUUGCUGUUAACUUAAAUUUAUAUUUCAGGCAACACCCAGGACACCUACUGUGUGAAAGAACACUAGAAGACCUUCCUAUUCAAGGACCUAAGGGGAUAGAUGAAGAUGAUCCUGUUAGCUCUGCCUACAGCAUGAAACAGACCAAGUUUUCCUUCCAAAUUGAUAGGUCUUGGAAAGCCCAGCUAUCAUCAUUGAAUGAAACAAUAAAGAACUCCAGACUGAAGGUUUCCUGUUGUGUUCCGUGGUUCAGGGAUAUUUUGCAUUUGGAGUCACCUGAAUCUGGUAACCACAGUACCAGUGUGACAAGCUGGGCAUUCAUUCCACAGGACAUAAUGCACGGGCAAUAUAAUUUUCCACAGAAAGAUCAUGCCAAGACCAGUGAUCCAGGAAGACCAUGGAAGAUAAUGCACAUCAGUGAACAAGAGGAACCCUUAGAGCUUAAAUGUGUGUCUGUGACAGGAUUCACUGCAUUGUUUACUUGGAAAGUGGAAAGGAUGGGCUGUACUAUUGCCCUCUGGGAUUUGGAGACCCAGAGCAUGCAGUGUUUUUCCCUUGGCAGAAAGUGUAUUCCUAUAGACAGUAGUGGAGACCAGCAACUGUGCUUUGUAUUGACAGAAAAUGGACUCUCUCUGAUUUUGUUUGGUUUGACUCAGGAAGAAUUUAUUAACAGACUCAUGAUCCAUGGAAGUGCCAGCACUGUGGACACUCUUUGUCAUCUCAAUGGCUGGGGGAGAUGCUCAAUUCCCAUACAUGCAUUAGAGGCUGGGAUAGAAAAUCGUCAGCUGGACACAGUAGAUUUCUUUCUGAAGAGCAAGGAAAAUCUUUUUAACCCAUCGUCACAAUCUUCUGUACCUGAUCAGUUUGAUCAUUUUUCAUCCCAUUUAUAUUUAAGAAAUGUGGAAGAGUUGAUACCAGCAUUGGAUUUACUUUGCUCAGCAAUUCGGGGAAGUUAUUCUGAACCCCAAAGCAAACACUUUUCAGAACAAUUGCUUAAUCUUACACUGUCUUUCCUUAACAAGCAAAUAAAGGAGCUUUUUAUUCAUACUGAAGAGCUAGAUGAACAUCUACAAAGAGGAGAGAACAUUUUGACUGGCUACAUUAAUGAACUUCGAACCUUCAUGAUAAAGUUUCCUUGGAAGCUGACAGAUGCUAUAGAUGAAUAUGAUGUACAUGAAAAUGUCCCCAAAGUAAAGGAAAGCAGUAUAUGGGAGAAACUCAGCUUUGAGGAAGUUAUUGCCAAUGCCAUUUUAAACAACAAAAUACCAGAGGCACAAACUUUCUUCAGGAUGAAUAGUCAUUCUGCUCAAAAACUUGAGGAGCUGAUUGGAAUAGGCCUAAAUUUGGUCUUUGAGAAUUUAAAAAAAAACAAUAUAAAGGAAGCCUCUGAACUUUUGAAGAAUAUGGGGUUCGAUGUAAAAGACCAAUUGCUUAAGAUAUGCUUCUAUACACCUGAUAAAAAUAUACGGAACUUUUUGGUUGAAAUUUUAAAAGAAAAAAAGUAUUUUUCUGAAAAAGAAAAAAGAACUAUAGACUUCGUGCAUCAAGUUGAGAAACUUUAUUUGGGACAUUUCCAAGAACAUGUGCCAAUCCAGUCAUUUCCCAGGUAUUGGAUAAACGAACAAGAUUUUUUCACGCACAAGUCUGUUUUGGACUCAUUCCUGAAGUAUGAUUGUAAAGAUGAAUUUAACAAACAGGAACACAGAAUUGUGUUAAAUUGGGCUCUGUGGUGGGAUGAACUAACACAAGAAUCCAUUCUUCUCCCCAAGAUAAGUCCAGAAGAAUACAAAUCAUAUUCCCCUGAAGCCCUGUGGAGAUACCUCACAGCUCGCCAUGAUUGGUUAAACAUUAUCCUGUGGAUUGGAGAAUUUCAAACCCAGCAUAGUUAUGCUUCACUUCCACAGAGCAAAUGGCCGCUUCUGACUGUUGAUGUUAUUAACCAGAAUACUUGCUGUAACAACUACAUGAGGAAUGAAAUUUUGGAUAAGUUGGCCAGGAAUGGGGUUUUUCUGGCACCUGAACUGGAAGAUUUUGAAAGCUUCCUCCAAAGACUAAGCCGUAUUGGAGGUGUAAUACAGGAUACCCUCCCUGUUCAAAACUACAAGACCAAAGAAGGUUGGGAUUUCCAUUCUCAGUUCAUUCUAUAUUGUUUGGAGCACAGUCUGCAGCAUCUUCUUUAUGUCUACCUUGACUGUUACAAACUUAGUCCUGAAAAUUGUCCCUUUUUGGAAAAAAAAGAGUUACAUGAAGCACAUCCUUGGUUUGAAUUUUUAGUUCAGUGUCGACAAGUUGCCAGUAAUUUAACAGAUCCCAAACUGAUCUUCCAGGCCAGCCUUGCAAACGCUCACAUUUUGAUUCCCACUAAUCAGGCCAGUGUAAGCAGUAUGCUACUGGAAGGACAUACCCUCCUAGCCCUUGCUACUACAAUGUAUGCUCCUGGGGGUGUCAGCCAGGUUGUUCAGAAUGAAGAAAAUGAAAACUGUAUGAAGAAAGUGGAUCCCCAGCUACUGAAGAUGGCAUUAACUCCUUACCCCAAGCUAAAAACUGCUCUUUUCCCACAGUGCACUCCUCCUAGUGUCCUGCCAUCUGAUAUUACACUCUACCACCUUAUUCAGUCAUUAUCACCCUUUGAUCCUAGCAGAUUGUUUGGCUGGCAGUCUGCUAACACACUAGCUAUAGGAGAUGCAUGGAGUCAUCUCCCACAUUUCUCUAGCCCUGACCUGGUUAAUAAAUAUGCUGUAGUAGAACGUCUGAAUUUUGCUUAUUACUUACAUCAUGGACGACCAUCAUUUGCGUUCGGUACUUUUCUGGUCCAGGAAUUAAUCAAGAGCAAGACUCCCAAGCAGCUGAUCCAGCAAGUAGGCAAUGAAGCCUAUGUUUUAGGGCUCUCCUCCUUCCACGUACCUUCAACAGGAGCUGCAUGUGUCUGUUUCUUAGAAUUGCUUGGACUUGACAGCCUCAAGCUCAGAGUUGAUAUGAAAGUAGCCAAUAUAAUUUUGAGCUACAAGUGUAGAAAUGAAGAUGCUCAGUACAGUUUUAUCAGAGAGUCUAUAGCUGAAAAACUGUCUAAACUAGCUGAUGGUGAAAAGGCAACCACAGAAGAAUUGCUUGUUCUCUUAGAAGAAGGUACAUGGAACAGCAUUCAGCAACAGGAAAUAAUGAGGUUAUCCGGUGAAUCCAGCAGCCAGUGGGCCUUAGUGGUACAGUUCUGCAGGCUACACAAUAUGAAACUGAGCUUGUCUUACCUUAAAGAAUGUGCCAAAGCAAAUGAUUGGCUGCAGUUCAUUAUUCACAGCCAACUCCACAACUACCACCCAGCAGAGGUGAAAUCCCUUAUCCAGUACUUCAGCCCAGUUGUUCAAGACCACUUAAGGCUGGCUUUUGAGAACUUGCCCUCAGUGCCCUCCUCCAAAAUGGACAGCAAUCAAGUCUGCAAUAAGUCCCUGCAGGAACUCCAGGGAAGCAAAGAAGAGAUGACGGAUUUAUUUGGAAUUCUGCUACAGUGUUCAGAGGAGCCAGACUCCUGGCACUGGCUUCUUGUUGAAGCAGUGAAACAACAGGCCCCUAUCCUCAGUGUUCUGGCCUCAUGUCUUCAGGAUGCCAGUGCUGUUUCUUGUCUCUGUGUUUGGAUCAUCACUUCUGUGGAGGACGGUGUUGCAGCUGAAGCAAUGGGACACAUUCAGGACUCAAUAGAGGACCACGCCUGGAACCUUGAGGACCUUUCAGUCAUCUGGAGAACAUUAUUAACAAGACAGAAGAGUAAAACUCUCAUCAGAGGUUUUCAACUUUUCUUUAAGGAUUCCCCAUUACUGUUGGUGAUAGAGAUGUAUGAACUGUGUAUGUUCUUCAAGAAUUAUAAAGAAGCCGAAGCUAAACUUCUGGAGUUUCAAAAGAGCCUUGAAAUGCUUAACACAGCAGCCACAAAGGUCCACCCUGUCAUCCCUGCCAUGUGGCUGGAGGAUCAGGUGUGUUUCCUUUUGAAGCUUAUGCUACAGCAGUGUAAGACCCAGUAUGAGCUGAGGAAGCUUCUACAGCUAUUUGUUGAAAGAGAGCAUCUCUUCUCUGAUGGUCCAGAUGUGAAGAAACUGUGUGUCCUUUGCCAAAUUUUGAAGGAUACAUCCAUAGCCAUUAAUCUUAUCAUUAUUACCAGCUAUAGCAUUGAGAAUUUUCAGCGUGAAUGUAGAUCUAUUUUGGAAAGACUGCAGACAGAUGGACAGUUUGCUUUGGCCAGAAGGGUAGCAGAAUUAGCUGAGUUGCCUGUGGACAACUUGGUUAUUGAAGAGAUAACACGGGAAAUGCAAACCCUAAAACACAUUGAACAGUGGUCACUAAAACAAGCAAGAAUUGACUUCUGGAAAAAAUGCCAUGAGAAUUUUCAGAAAAAUUCAAUUUCAAGCAAAGCAGCUUCUUCCUUUUUCUCAGCUCAGGCCCAUGUGGCAUGUGAGCACCCAACUGGACAGAGCAGCAUUGAGGAGCGCCAUCUGCUGCUCACCCUGGCAGGGUACUGGCUUGCCCAGGAGGACCCGGUGCCUCUGGACAAGCUGGAGGAGCUGGAGAAGGAGAUCUGGCUCUGCCGCAUCACCCAGCACACACUUGGAAGAAAUCAGGAAGAAACAGAGCCCAGAUUUUCUCGACAGAUCUCAACUAGUGGUGAACUUUCCUUUGAUAGUUUAGCCAAUGAGUUUUCCUUCUCCAAGUUGGCUGCUCUGAACACAUCAAAAUACUUAGACCUUAACAGCAUUCCAUCCAAAGAGACAUGCGAGAGUAGACUGGAUUGGAAAGAGCAGGAGUCACUAAACUUUUUGAUUGGGCGCCUACUGGAUGAUGGCUGUGUGCAUGAAGCAAGUAGGGUAUGCCAGUAUUUUCAUUUUUAUAAUCAAGAUGUCACUUUGGUGUUGCACUGCAGAGCACUGGCCUCAGGAGAAGCUAGUGUGGAGGAUGUGCACCCGGAGAUCCAUGCUCUCCUACGAAGUGCUGAGCUGCUUGAGGAAGAAGAGCCUGAUGUUCUCCUAAGGAGAGUCCACAGCACCUCAAGUCUGGAUAGUCAAAAGUUUGUGACAUUGCCCUCCAAUGAUGAAGUGGUGACUAACUUGGAAGUGCUGACAAACAAAUGCCUCCAUGGGAAGAACUACUGUCAACAGGUCCUCUGUCUGUAUGAUCUUGCCAAGGAGUUGGGCUGUUCCUACACAGAUGUUGCUUCUCAGGAUGGUGAAGUCAUGCUCCGGGAAAUCUUGGCCUCACAGCAGCCUGACCGAUGCAGACGAGCCCAGGCCUUCAUCAGCACCCAGGGCCUUAACCUAGAUACUGUGGCUGAACUCGUGGCAGAAGAGGUGACACGGGAGCUGCUGACUCCAUCACAGGGAACAGGACAUAAGCAGAUGUUCAGCCCAACAGAGGAAAGCCACACAUUUCUUCAGCUUAUCACUCUGUGUCAAGACCGCACAUUGGUAGGAAUGAAGUUGUUGGAUAAGAUUUCCUCCGUUCCCCAUGGGGAAUUGUCUUGCACCACAGAGCUCCUGAUCCUGGCACAUCAUUGCUUCACCCUGACAUGCCACAUGGAGGGCAUCAUCCGAGUUCUACAGGCUGCCCGGAUGCUCACAGAUAACCACCUGGCCCCCAGUGAGGAGUAUGGGCUGGUGGUACGGCUCCUCACUGGCAUUGGAAGGUACAACGAGAUGACAUACAUAUUUGAUUUGCUGCAUAAAAAGCACUACUUCGAAGUGCUGAUGAGGAAGAAGCUGGAUCCGAGUGGUACCCUGAAGACAGCCCUGCUGGACUAUAUCAAACGCUGUCGUCCUGGAGACAGUGAGAAGCACAAUAUGAUUGCCCUGUGCUUCAGUAUGUGCCGGGAGAUUGGCGAGAACCACGAGGCAGCUGCCCGCAUCCAACUGAAAUUGAUUGAGUCUCAGCCCUGGGAGGACAGCCUCAAGGAUGGGCACCAGCUGAAGCAACUACUGUUGAAAGCCCUGACUCUAAUGCUGGAUGCAGCAGAGAGUUAUGCCAAGGACUCCUGUGUGCGACAGGCCCAGCACUGUCAGCGGCUCACCAAGUUGAUAACUCUGCAGAUUCACUUUCUGAACACUGGCCAGAACACAAUGCUCAUCAACUUGGGCCGCCACAAGCUGAUGGACUGUAUCCUGGCCCUACCUCGGUUCUAUCAGGCUUCUAUUGUGGCUGAGGCCUAUGAUUUUGUUCCAGAUUGGGCUGAAAUUUUAUACCAGCAAGUGAUUCUUAAAGGAGAUUUUAAUUACUUGGAAGAAUUUAAGCAGCAAAGGUUAUUAAAGUCCAGUAUAUUUGAAGAGAUUUCAAAAAAAUAUAAACAACAUCAGCCUACUGACAUGGUCAUGGAAAACCUGAAGAAAUUACUCACAUAUUGUGAAGAUAUUUACUUGUAUUACAAGUUGGCUUACGAACACAAGUUUUAUGAAAUUGUAAAUGUGCUUCUAAAGGACCCUCAGACGGGCUGUUGUCUGAGGGACAUGCUAGCAGGUUAGAUGAUUUCAUAGGUGCCCGUUUUCUUGUACUGUUAGCAGGUUCUGACGGAUGUGGUGAGUAGAAAAAUGCAUUAGAGAUCUUUGCUAAAGUUGAACAAUCCUGGUACUGUACCAUGUCAGUCAUUUGAAGGUAGUAGGCAGCGACUGAGAAACUUCAGAAAAAUUCCUAUUUAAAUUGGAUUGAUUUUAGAUGAUUGUUCAUCUAUACCAUUUUAUAUAGAUACUAGUAUUAAGAUCAAAAGCUUCCUCUUCCUCAGGACAGCUUCUACUUUAGAUGAUCCAAUAAUUAUUAAAGAAUACCUGUACCUUCAGAUUCCAGUUUCAAAGAAAUUUAAUAUUAUUUACACAGUUAAGUAACAGGUGAUACAUUUUCAUUUGUUAGAAACUGAUCUUUCUGUAAUAAAAUAGAUUUUUAAUUCA